UAUUAAUCUAUUCUCUCUACAAUCCCUUUGUGCUUGCUUGCAUCAUCAUCAAUAUUCACACCCCUCCCUCUCAUUUUCAAACCAAACCAAGAAAACCUUCACAUUUGGAUCCAUUUGGAUUUGGUUGCUACAUUUGAGAAACCCACCUUAACACUCUCUCUUCCACUUUCUAGUUCUGGUGAUAGUGUUGAAGAAGAAGAAGUUGUUAUUAUGGGAAAAGCUACAAGGUGGUUGAAGGGGCUAUUAGGAAUGAAAAAGGAGAAUAAAGAGAAUAGUAAUAAGGAUCAACACCAGAUUGAAAAUUCAGGGUCAUUGCCAACAAUAACAUCAGCAAUGGCUUCUUCUUUUUCUUCUUCUUAUGACAAGAAAGAGAAGAAAAGAUGGAGUUUUGCUAAGCAAGUAGAGAAGGAUAAUAAUAAUGAUAAUAAUAGAAACAUUGUUGCUCCUUCCAAUGGUGCAGCUUUGGAUUCUUCUUCUUCUGAUGGUGCUUGGAUUAGAUCCUAUAUUGCUGACACUGAGAGUGAGCAGAACAAGCAUGCAAUUGCUGUGGCAGCUGCCACUGCCGCGGCUGCAGAUGCCGCCGUGGCAGCUGCGCAGGCGGCCGUGGCAGUUGUUAGGCUGACAAGCCAAGGGAGAGGCACAUUGUUCAGUGGCAGCAGAGACAAGUGGGCUGCUGUAAAAAUCCAAACUUUCUUCAGAGGCUAUUUGGCAAGGAAGGCUCUUAGAGCACUGAAAGGAUUGGUUAAGAUACAAGCUCUUGUUAGAGGUUUUCUAGUUAGAAAGAGGGCUGCCGCAACUCUUCACAGUAUGCAGGCUCUAAUUCGAGCUCAGGCCGCCGUCCGGUCGCAGCGCGCCCGCCGUUCCAUGAGCAAAGACAAUAGGUUCCUCCCUGAAGUUCUUGCAAGAAAAUCUCUGGAACGAUUUGAUGAAACAAGAAGUGAAUUCCACAGCAAAAGGAUGAUACCUACAUCAUAUGAAGCAUCAAUGAAUGGAUUUGAUGAGUCUCCAAAAAUUGUUGAAAUUGACACUUACAAGACUAGAUCAUCAAGGUCAAGGCGUUACACCUCUACAAUGUCCGAAUGUGGUGAAGAUCCGCCAUACCACGCUGUCUCAUCCCCUCUUCCCGGCCGAAUCUCGGUCCCAGAUUGCCGGCACCUUCAAGAUUUCGAUUGGUACUUGAGUGCCGACGAAUGUAGGUAUUCGACGGCACACAACACUCCAAGAUUUGCAAACUACGCGCACCCUAAAAUCGCCCCGGCCACGCCGGCUAAAAGUGUGUGUGGAGGGGACACAUUUUUUAGGCCUUAUUCAAAUUUUCCAAAUUACAUGUCAAAUACUCAAUCUUUUAAUGCAAAAUUAAGGUGUCAUAGUGCUCCAAAGCAAAGGCCUGAGCCAAAGAAGAGGCUUUCACUCAAUGAAAUGAUGGCAGCAAGGAACAGCAUAAGUGGUGUUAGAAUGCAUAGGCCAUCCAAUUUUCAAGGUCAAGAAUCAUGGAAUUUUUGACAUGGUUUUGGUUGGUUGGUUGGUUAAUAUGCCCUAUAUAUGUCAGUUUCAGAAUCUAAAGAAAAAGGGAAUAUCUGAGAGAGGAUCAAAAAGUCUAAAGUCUAAAGUGAUGUUUGUUAGUACUACUAUUUACCUUGGAAUUUGUUUUUCCAACCUUGUGCUUAUAAUUUACA